CUCACACUCACUGUGAGACCACAACUGUAACCAUAGUGUGAUUGUUUUGGUGGCAAAUGUCUUUCAUUGACUCAAUCCACUGAACAUAUGUCAUGACAGGUGACCAUUCAUUGAUUCCAGUGAUCAUAUAGUAGACACGCAUCAGUGACAGCCAUGGAUCAGAUAUAUUCGGUGUUUCGCCACAACUACAGCCCAAACAACGCCUUUAGUGAUGGUGUUGCCCAAUUGAGUCCAUUGUGUUGUAUAUCGAGUGGUAAUCUGAUGGCCUUCACAUCGACUACCGAUUUGAAUGACUCGACCGCCAAAUGGUUUGCUUUCCACGUAUUUGUCGUCGACCUCAACAUCCCUUUCAAUCCAUUCAAAGUGAGCUCUCAUUUGGAAGAGAUUACAGCUCUUGAGUGGGAUAUAAGCGGAACAAAGCUAUUGAUCGGUGAUGUGAUCGGAAACAUAGAGUUGUGGUCAAUGAGGGACUACCUCUUGAGUGACUGGUAUUUAUUAGACGUCCAUCACUUCUCCGGCGAACGAAUACUGUCUGCCAUUUGGUUUCACAACGGAAUCAAAAUAGGGAUCAAUAACGACAAGAAGGACCAGAAUGUGUCAUAUCUGGACAAAUACACGCACACGAAGUUCGCCGCAUCCGUCCGACAGUUUGGCGGCAAACCCACCGACGGGUAUAUUGCUAUCUCGAGCUCAGGACUCGUCUGUUGCUGUCUAUUCCUCUCAGACGGCACUGUCGUCUCGGGAAUGGAGAUAUUGGGUCAGUUCAGGACUAAACUCAAACGCGUCGACGUCUGCUAUGCAAAGAACGGCGAUUUCCUUGUGGUCACCACUAAUGGAUGUGUCGACUCAUCCAUCAACUGCUAUGGAGUGACAGUUAAAGUCAAUGUCUGCAGUAAUUCACAGGAAAAGCAGAAAUGUUUGAUCACAUGUCAGGCCUACACCAGCUUUUAUAUGAGUUGCUCCAAAGCACUCGCAUCUGACGCCUACCGAUCCGUUACUCACAUUAAGUUUGUUCUGCGAGAAGCAGCCGAAGCUGUAGUGAUCGCGGCUUCCGGUUCGUCGGGAUCUACUGUCGAGUUGUGGGAAUUACGAGAAAAACCAGUUUCUAUUCAUAAAAUGUUUCAGAAAAACAAUACUAAUAUUGAUUUGAAUGCCGGCGCCAGCACUGGACCCAAAACAGUGGUCUGGCAGCACAACACCAGCAACAACGCGUCCUCUAUUGUGACCUCCAUUGCCACUCCAAGACUCUCGUUGUUUGAUACCAGUCCUCCGCCCUCUUAUAUAUUGGUUGCGUUUAAGGACAAUACAAUCAAAUGCUUUUAUAGAGAGAAUUUGCAAUUAGUUGCGAGCGUCGGGUUAGCAAACACUCACAUCCGGACUGUCGACACAAACAAAACGUUUGGAAUGCAGAAGAUGUCUUCAACUAUACCCUCAAUCACUACAAUAGCGGACAUGCAGUUCACAUGGAGUAGCUGUGCUAUGGUUGCCAUCGACUCACUCUCGCAAAUCUAUUUGUAUAAACUGUCGCCAAUCACAGAACCCGGCGGUCAGAUCACUGCCAACUACGCGCAGACAAUGCUUGAGUACUGUUUAGUGUCUGGCAAUGACUGGUGGGAUAUAAUCAUUAGCUUACGACCCAAUCUCAUCGAUAGUGUCUGUGAGAAGAUUACCGAAACUUUUAUGAAUAAACAACAGUUAGAGUUACAACAGAAAUGGUUGAGUCGUUUCCUGACGAUUAAGGCCUCUCUCUAUAGAUGUCUGAACACUAGUAGUGCUAAUAAUAGCGGUCAGUGCAAAGCGGGUGACUUCUACACAUUGAUUAUGUUGAACGCCAUCGCAACCACUCUUAAGUCACUUCUCAGACCCCGCGAUAACACUGAGAAUGAGGGACCGGCUGAGAACCUCAGUCUUCUCAUCCAGAAUAAGGGCAAUGACUUACAGUUCAUGAAAGUGGACACCAUUCUCAUCAAUCUGGACAAUAAGGACUUCUGUGUUGAAGCGCCAAUACUACAGUCUUUCCAACAUUUGCAUCAAUGGAUUGCAGACUUAACUCUCUAUUUAUUGGCGUCAUUACCACAACAGUGUCAUCACAACCAGUUUAGAUUUCCUGGCGGUGGACUCAUAUUCGACACGAAGGCGUUGAACACAUUGAGAGAACUUUUGGUGAUAAUUCGUUUGUGGGGUCUAAUCAACUCCGGAUGUCUUCCUGUGUUCACCAAAAUGGAGAACGAUUUGGACGUCAUUUCCCUUCUUUUCAAACUAUUGUCUAAAACAGUGACUGAAAAACUUGAUGAGAAACUUCUGGACGAGUGUUGUCUCCUUCCAAAUCAAGUACUUAUCCCUCAUUUAGAUCUUUGCUUAAAAGCCGUUGGCGUUGCGAGUCCAGCGCUCUUCAGCAACGCUCUUCCCAUGCAAUUCGAGUACUUCUCUGAGCCGUCGUUCUUGAAAUUCACUGCAAAAACGCAUUCAAUUGACGGCGCCAUCAACUGUUAUGCCGGCCGUCGUAUAGAUGUAGUCCGUUAUGUAGGACUGGGAGCUAUCAAUCAGGAGUCAUCUAAUCUGCGGUCGUGUUCGCGCUGUAAUGCCGUCUCAUUGCUUAAGCCUAUAAUGCGUUCGCCGGCCACCAGAGCAUGGGAUCAGCGAUGGAUUAAGAACUGCUUAUGUGGUGGACACUGGAGGGUCAACACCACUUCAUAACACACAGUAC